AAAAGGCAACCAUAAACUCUUUCUCGAGUUCCUCGUUCGAUAUUUGCUUCGAUAUCACUGGCUUUUCGUCGGACACGCUGAUCUCCUCGGCCGCUGAUCGCCGCCGUUCUUCUCCUCAGCUUCAUCCGGGUGGGUUUUCACCCCGUUCCUGCUUCCUCCUCUGGCGCCCCUUGGUAGAUCAGGGGAUGAGGUGAUUGAUAGAAGGGUGGCGCGGUUGGACCCGGGGAGCGUGCUCGAUGGGUAGGUUAGGGUUCCGGGUGGCGUUGGGGUGUGCGGCCGUGUCGUGCGCCAUCGCUGCGGCGCUAGUUGGUCGGAGGCUGAGGAGCAGGAGGCAGUGGAGCCGAGCGGUGGAGCUGGUGAGGGAGUUCGAGGAGGCGUGCGCCACCCCUGUCGGGAGGCUGCGUCAGGUGGUCGAUGCCAUGGCGGUGGAGAUGCACGCAGGGCUCGCGUCGGAUGGGGGUAGCAAGCUCAAGAUGUUGCUGACCUUCAUCGAUAAACUUCCCGAUGGGAGUGAAGAAGGUACAUACUAUGCUCUUGAUCUAGGAGUUACUAAUUUUAGAACCCUACGGGUUCAUCUUGGUGGUAAACCAUCCAUGAUAUUGAAUAACAAAGUUGAGUGUCAACCAAUUCCCAAGGAAUUAAUGACUGGCACAAUUGAGGAACUGUUCAAUUUUGUUGCUUUGACAUUAAAGAAAUUUGUCCAAAGAGAAGAAAAUGGUGUUGAUCAAAUUUCAGAUAAUACAAAAGAUCUUGGGUUUACAUUUUCUUUCCCUGUGAAACAAUUGUCUGUUUCUUCUGGUCUUCUUAUUAAGUGGACUAAAGGGUUCUCCGUCAAAGAUGAUGUUGGAAGGGAUGUUGCACAAUGUUUAAAUGAAGCCAUGUUAAAAGUUGGGCUGAACAUGCACGUUGCAGCAUUGGUGAAUGAUACUGUUGGCACACUAGCUCUCUGCCAUUAUGGUGAUGAGGACACUGUCGCUGCAGUGAUAAUCGGAACAGGAACCAAUGCUUGCUAUCUUGAAAGGACUGAUGCAAUCAUUAAGUGUCAAGGCCUUCUAACAAACUCUGGUGUCAUGGUUGUCAACAUGGAGUGGGGAAAUUUUUGGUCAUCACAUCUACCAAAAACUUCCUAUGACAUCUCUCUUGAUAAUGAGAGCUCUAAUCCCAAUGACCAGGGUUUUGAGAAAAUGAUCUCGGGGAUGUACUUGGGCGAAAUUGUUAGAAGAGUGCUUCACAGGAUUGCAGAGGAGUCCGAAAUUUUUUCAGAUGCUGCACAAAGUUUAUCAGCGCCCUUUGUCUUAAGGACGCCUCUAGUGGCCGCGAUGCAUGAGGAUGAUUCACCCGACUUGAGAGAAGUCGGAAGGAUUCUGGAAGAACAUCUGAAGAUGUAUGGAGUUUCCAAGAAUGCAAAACGGCUUAUCGUUCAUGUGUGCGAUAUCGUCACAAGACGAGCUGCCCGCUUAGCUGCAGCAGGCAUAGUAGGCAUAUUGAAGAAGCUAGGACGUGAUGGCAGCGGUGGGGUUGCAAGCGGAAGAACCAAGGGCAAGCCAAGGAGAACAGUGGUGGCGGUCGAAGGCGGCCUCUACACCAAGUACUCCAUCUUCAGGGAGUACUUGAAUGAAGCCGUGGGGGAGAUUCUAGGGGAGGAGGUAGCCAGGUAUGUGCUGCUGAGGUGUGUGGAUGGAUCAGGAAUUGGAGCUGCACUCCUUGCUGCAACAUAUUUAUCAGCAAAUAGAUAAAAAAAAAAAGGAAAAAAAAAAAAGAGAAAAAAAAGAUUUUCUAUAGAAAUGUAUCUUCUGUGUAAAUUGUAAAGAAAAUAGUUGAUAAUGUAUAUAAAAUUAUGUUGUGCAGUUUGUUA